UGUGGCGCUUUCCGAGAGGAGUACAACAAUAAGUAAUCCGGGCGUGACUCUCCAGCAAAUGCCUUCGUCUGAAUCGCGCAGUUUCUUGGCCCGUAGCGGACUCGGCAGAUAGAAACGCCAUGCAUGAUCUGCGAUCCAGCUCCGUCUUUACAUAGACAAGUACCUGCGCAAAAUUUGGAUGGUUCGGUAGUUCAUCAUCUCCGUAUUUGGCCCAGCCGCCCGUUUCAGUUCCUGAGAACGCGGUUCCUUCCCCACUUGGAUCCAUCAUCACAGUUUCAUGGCCGACGUGUCGACUGGGUGUUGCGACGUCGACGUGCGCGGACCGACCGAGGUAUGGUAUGUUAUGUAUACAUGAGAUGCGAUGAUCUCUCGCCGCGCGUCAAGCCACGCCCGAUGCCAUCUCGGGCUGAAACAAGGGCCCUGGACACGUCAUCGGCGCGCCGAUCCGCAGCGGAAGGGGGGAUCAGUAUCUGCUGUUAUACACACGUAAGCACCAUGAGCCGCCCAUCCGAGUCCGCCGAUCCGGAGGGCUGCGCUGUGCGAUUCCGUCACGGUCUUGCCGUGUCAAGGUUCUGUGCGGUGCGGUGUUUUCAAGCUGCGAUCCCGCGUCCUAAUUAUGACUCCGCCCCGCGGCCCGCUACGUCACUGCAGGCGCCGACGACUAAGUAUACACACGCCUGUUUCCGGCCAAAUUUAGCACCAUUUGAGCACGACAAAAACAGAGUCUGGCGCAGACGAAGUGUGCACACUGCACACACUGUACCGGCUAGAGGAACAUGCCAGCCCGGAGGAAAUGGACCCCUCGAGGGAGAGCCGCUCCUGCUGUCCCGCGCGAGUCGGCUGGUGGUGGUGGUGGUGCCCGGAUCUAGGUCCAUUGCAUCUCGCGACGAUCUGUCUGGAUCUGAAUCUGACAUAUCCGUGUCCCCGGAGCGGGUCUCGUCCCGGCGGAGAGAGCCUCCAAAGUCCAGCCUCUGUCUCUGUCUGUCAGUCAGUGCGAAGUUCGUGGAGGAGUGGAGCUGAUGCGCACUCGACGG